GGGCCGAGUCUUCUUUUCAAAGUCGAGAUGAUUUUGAAACGGAUUACCAACGGAGAGAUGAUAUGAUGAUGUCCGACGAGCAUCUACAAAACCUAUUGUCCCAAAACGAUCCACGCUUUGCACAAGAACAACCCAUCCCGACAACCAUUGAUGAAGAGGAGCUCGAGGAUGACGAUGCGGAGGAGGACGUGGGGGGCGACGGGACUCACGGCACCCCGGAUGAUGAGCAAGACUUGGAGGAAGAGGGCGGUUCAACCCAAACUGGUAAGAAAUCUAAAUCUCCUAUUAUUGAAAACAAUUUUACAAAAAGGAAAGACAAAAAUACCGAAAAAUGGUACGCAAGUUGCAAUCAUUGCGGCAAAGAGUAUAGCUUGGGAACUUCUGGCGGAUACGGGAGUCUCACAAGGCAUCUUAAGUCCGCCCAUCUUGUGGAGUAUGCGAAAAUAGACAAGGGCAAGGGGAAGCAAACACAAAUAUCGAGGUUUGCAAAUUCUCAACCCUUUGGUAAUUUCUCCUAUGAUGAUCAAAAACAUUUGACUGGUAUGUCUCAUUUAAUUGUUGAAGAAAAUUUACCCUAUAUUUUUUCCGAAAGUCUUGCUUUAAGAGAUUAUGCUCAAGGCACUUUAAAUCCUCAAUUUAGAAAUUAUAGUCGCAAAACGAUUAAAAAAGAAGUUAUAAGGCAAUAUAACUUCGAAAAAGAAAAUUUACAAACAUUUUUCGCAAACUUUAAUGGACGUGUUAGUAUUUGUAGCGAUAUAUGGGAGGAUACUUAUCAUCAUUUAUAUUAUUUGGGUCUUACUGCACAUUAUAUUGAUGAUGAUUGGAAUAUGCAUAAACGUGUUCUUGCUUUUCGUGAAUUCAAUGAUCGUCAUACUGCUGAUAAUAUUUAUAUUCUCAUUGAGCGUAUUUUAAUUGAGUAUAAUUUGCUUGAUAAGGUGUUUGCUGUAGGUUUUGAUAAUGCUAGUAAUAAUAAUGCUGCUAUACCUAGAUUGCGUGAAUUGUGUGGUGCUUCUACAUUGAUGGGUAGGUUUUUUCAUCAACAUUGUGCAUGUCAUAUUCUAAAUUUGUGUGUACAAGAUGGAUUAGCGGCAUUAGAACAUGCUUUGGAGGUAGUGAAGGGGGGAAUUAAAUUGAUUUGGGCUAACACUCCACUAAAAUUGCAAUGGCGGCAAUAUUUGAAGGAAAGACGUGUCAAUUAUUGUGCUUUUCCUAAAGAUUUGUCUAUUCGUUGGAAUAGUACUUAUAACUUAAUUCAAGUACUUAUUAGAUAUAAAGAUCAUUUUCCUGCUUUUUUAAGGCAAACUUGUAACUAUAUUAUAAACCCGGCUGACAUCGACACUUGUGAAAAAAUUGUUAAUGUUUUGGUAUAUUUUAAUAACGCAACUCAAACUUUUAGUCAUGUAUAUAAACCUACCGCAAACGAAUUUUUUGUUGAAGCUGUUAAUCUCGCCGGCGCAUUUUUAGAAUUUUC